AGGAGUAAAUAUCAGUAUGACUAGAGUCUGAGGAAGGGCUUCUGUGUUCCUAGCAAGAGCUUGCUGGUGCAGAGGAACAGUGCAAGGACACCAGGGACAUUUUGAGCUACCAUGGAUAUCCCCACCGAUUUGGUGCCAUCAUCCAUGAUGUCCCAGCCUGAGGUGAUUGAGUCCACAGCCGUGAGUGAACCACAGUGCUACUACAAUGAAACCAUUGCCUUCUUUUAUAACCGAAGUGGAAAAUAUCUAGCCACUGAAUGGAACACUGUCAGCAAGCUUGUAAUGGGACUGGGGAUUACCGUCUGCAUCUUCAUAAUGCUGGCCAACCUCUUGGUUAUGGUGGCUAUUUAUGUCAAUCGCCGAUUCCACUUUCCUAUUUAUUACUUAAUGGCCAACUUAGCUGCUGCGGACUUUUUUGCAGGGCUGGCCUACUUUUACUUAAUGUUCAACACAGGACCCAACACUAGAAGACUGACUGUAAGCACCUGGCUUCUCCGUCAGGGUCUCAUUGACACGAGUCUGACAGCCUCUGUAGCCAAUUUGUUGGCCAUCGCUAUUGAGCGGCACAUUACAGUUUUCCGAAUGCAGCUACAUACUCGGAUGAGCAACCGCCGAGUGGUCGUUGUGAUUGUUGUUAUCUGGACUAUGGCCAUCGUCAUGGGUGCCAUACCAAGUGUCGGAUGGAACUGUAUCUGUGAUAUCACUCACUGCUCCAACAUGGCACCGCUCUAUAGUGACUCCUACCUGGUCUUCUGGGCUAUAUUCAACCUGGUCACUUUUGUGGUCAUGGUGGUCCUAUAUGCUCACAUCUUUGGGUACGUUCGCCAAAGGACUAUGAGAAUGUCCAGACACAGUUCUGGACCCCGCAGGAAUCGGGACACCAUGAUGAGCCUCCUGAAGACUGUGGUCAUUGUGCUUGGUGCUUUCAUAAUCUGCUGGACCCCAGGAUUAGUCUUGCUGCUCCUCGAUGUUUGCUGUCCCCAGUGCAAUGUCCUGGCCUAUGAAAAAUUCUUCCUUCUCCUGGCAGAGUUCAACUCUGCCAUGAACCCCAUCAUCUACUCCUACCGGGACAAGGAAAUGAGUGCGACGUUCAAGCAGAUCCUCUGCUGCCAGCGCAGUGAGAGCACCAACGGCCCCGCCGAAGGCUCGGAUCGCUCAGCAUCCUCCCUCAACCACACCAUCUUGGCUGGCGUCCACAGCAAUGACCACUCCGUGGUGUGAGACCACAGCCAGCCCUGUGCCCGACAAAGAGCAGCAGGCAGCGCUGUGGGACGGGGCAGGUGCAUGGCCCUAGGGAAGGUAACCCACUCACGUUUUCUCAAACACUAAUGGACUACAAGUGCAUCUUUUCCAGGGGGCCUGACAUACCAGUGCAGACUGCCCUGUCCUCAGGACUGGCCAUGCUGCAAAGCCUUUGAUUUCUACUUUGAAAAAGGGGAACAUCGUUGCUUUGCAGAGGAGGUCAUCAGUAGCCCAUGGAAAGCCUUGCUGAGACUUUGUUGGACUUUGCUGCAUCUUGGUGCCAGUCUGAAUCAACUCUGAUUAAUUAAGCUUAUACCUGCUUCACUGCAUUUACAUGUAGCCACUUAGUAUUUUUAAACAGGGAGUAAAGGGGAUAAAAAUAUGCCUAUCAUUUAAUAGACAUGUAAUAUGUAUCACCAUCAGCAUGCUUGUGAUGAACAUUUUCUGUGCAGGGAGUAAAACUGUGCUCUAGUCUUUGUAUCCUUAGCCACACUGUCAUAACUACAGUAAAAAGAAAAGUAUUUUUUUUAACACAGGCAACAGAAAGAUGAGGGAAACUGACUCUUCUUACCUUCAUUAUUGGCAUUAGAGAAUGCAUGUUCUGUGUGUAUGCAGAUUGUUUUAAUCAUGAAAAAAAAAAAAAGUUCCUUGUAAAGUCUGCCAGAAAGUAGAAAAACAUAGACUGUAUUCCAGUGUUUGUUUAGAUUAUGAAAUAAACAGUACUUUAGUCACAAUGUAUAUAAGGUUCUUCUUUGAAGUGCAGUAUGAAAUUUGUAACAUGUGAGGGGAACCAAGUUUUUUAUGGAUAAGUUCUUAAAGUAAGAUACGUCCCUAAGGCUCUUAAAGGGCUACAGUCAGAUUGGUGGUGUGCAAAAAUUUUAUUUAUGGCAUAUUCUUGGAAUGCUUUUCUUGUUCAUGUCAAAAAGCAUACACAUUUUUAAUGGGGAAAAAAAAAGGUAUGUUUUUAUGGAUUCUUUCUUGUAAUUGAAAGCAAAACACCUGUAUUUUUGCACUGAGAAGUAUUUCUAGGGUACCAUUCAAAUGAUGGUUUCAAAAGCAGUUUCAAAAGCAGUGAACUAAGAACCAAGACACAAUUCUAUUUUGUAAAGUCAACACUUUACAAGGUAUUCAUCCAUUGCAAAUGGCUGGACCUUAUUCAGAUAGUAGCCACACAUGUACACUGUUAUAAAUACCUAAGCUAACAGGUGUUUAUUUUCAUAUGAGACUGUUUUGAAGAGAAAUGUCACUCAUGUGAAUAUCAAUUGUCAAGAAUCACUGAUACUAAACAAAACUCAUUAACAGGGGUAAAUAUGAGCAAAGGUGGGAUCUUGCUGAUAAAAACUUGGGACAUCUCUCCAGGAAACUGUGUGUUCUCCUAACAAUGUAAAAUAUAUAUCAACAGUAAAUUCCUGAUGCUGUUUUCAUCAUUGUAAUUUGUCUCUAUAGCAAAAAAAACCAAAAACAAAAACAAAAACAAA